AUGAAGUUCUUCCACAACUUCCUUGCCUCACUUCUCUUCUUCCUCAUAUGCAUCAACUCGACCUUUGCCAUCAUAACCAACGUCAUAAUUCCCCAGGGCGUCCUUCACGGUCACAAAUUCACCCUCAAGUUUCUCACCGAGAAGAGCAUAGACAAUACUGUUCAGUACUACGUUAUAUUUGGACUACACCCUGGAACGAACCCGGUCGUCGGCGGGAAUAUUGGCGAACUCGUCUUGACCAGUCCUCACAGCGAUUUGGUUGAGGGUGGACACUCCGUCACUGGGCAUGGAAGUUUCAAGGUGGACGUUAUGUUGCCGAGUAACUUGAAGAUCAAGGGGAAGGAAGAAAUUUUUGGGUUGAUGGUGACUAUUUUCCAAACCUCCCAUUCAAAAGCACCGAAGAGUUUUUUUUUCCUAUUGUUUGCUCUGCUUUUCCCCCGGGUUGGCGACGAUUUUUAUGGCCGUCGGCUGCAAUGGUGCUUCCACGCAUCAGCUAGGAUACGCAGAGUCAUCUUGGACCUGAGGGUUUGUUGCUGCAACAUCAGUGGCGUGAUGCUAUGGGUUUUCGGAUCGUCCACGUCGUCUCCCAACUGA